AUGUUCGAAUUAGAUGACGGCGGCGAAGGGUUGCGAAUGCUCGCCCGCUUCAUGGACACGUACCGCGACGCCCUCGAGACGAUCAUGGGGGAGGAAGCGCUGAACCUCGACGACGAGUGCGAGCGCCUCCGUCUCGAGAGGUGCGCGGCGUUAUACAUGGAUUUGGGUUUAAGUGAGGAGAGAUGGAAUAUUUUGAAGAGGUAUUUGCCAACCGCGUUGUCUCUCGUUCCUCUCACGCAUAUUCGCGCCGCGUUUAAUUCGGUGAACGUGGACCUCAUCCCGAUCACCGUCGACGAUCCCUUGAUGCCGAGGAUCGGUUGGAUGGUACGGGAUGUACGGCGGCUCGUGGAAGAGCGCGUGGGGUGGUGGUUGGAUACCACGGAAGGCUACGGCGUCGCCGCCGUCGUCGCCGCCGCCGCCGCCGGGGAGACACUCAAGCUCGACCUUGAGUUCAAGGUCGGCGGCGACAACUUCAGCACCUUGGACUUCAAGAAAGCCACGCGGAAGACAGAGCAAUGGGCAUUCUACCCGCUCUUCCCCGGCGAGGACUUCAACAACCCCCAUAAUAUUAUUCCCCUCGCGCUCUUCGACGGCGGAGAAACGGACGCGAACCUCACCGCCGUGCUCAAGCACGUUGAGCCGCAACUCCCGAUCGGAGAUGGCGAGGACGCGACGGCGGUGUGGACUAUAAACGGCGUCGAGGUACGUUUUAAGGCGCGACUCAUGGGAGACUUCGCGUGCGCGUCGAUAUUAUACAACCACCUUGGGACGGCGUCUAAGUGCAAUUGCUUGCAUUGCUACCGCGGGUACGGCCCCGGGCUCGGGGUCGGCAACGUACACACCGUGCGAACGGUCAACGAUCAGCUCCCGCGACGCACUCGCGAGGAGAUGCUGCUGAUGGGAAACAUAGCGGCGAUGUUCAGAAAGGUGGGCGAGGACGCGGAGGCGGCGGUCACGGACGAGCAAGUCAAAGAAGAGAUCGAACGCGUCGCCGCCGUCGCCGCCGCCGCCGCCGCCGCCGCCGAUGAGAAAGCCGCGAAAGCCGCCGCGAAAGCCGUCGCCGCCGCCGCCGCCGCGAAAGCCGCCGCGAACGCGACCGAGGACCUCGGCGACGUCACGCGCGAGGACACCGCGGACGUCGCAUCACCGCGCCGCGAGAACGCGCGCAACGACGGCGGGGUCGCGGUCGGAUCGUCCGGAAUUACGAUUCCCGGGGCCGGCGGCGCCGGCGCCCCGGCUCCCGGCACCGGCGCCGAUGUACCCCGCGGUACUCCCGCCGCCCCCGCCGCCACCGUGAACGUCCUCGACGCUCCACCUGGUGAUGACGACGUGCGAGGAGAAGUGAGCGCGGACGCGGCGGACGCGGAGAAGGAGGUCGCGAAGAAACCCAACGAAGCGCCGCCGGGAGAGGCGGGAGCCCGAACGAAAAAAAAAACCAAAAAGGUGCCGACUUUUGAUCAAACACGCGACGCGAUGAGACGCAAGGCGAAACGGGCCGCUCAACACCUACUUGUGGGAGAGGACCCGGUAAAGGCGCACCCCGAAGCGCACGAAUUAUUCUGUAAGCAAAAGAAGAAGAAGCGGUGGGAUAAGAAGGUCGAAUUCAUCGACGUGAUGAAGGACGAGGCGAAGCUAAUCAUGAUGUGCGGUUCGCUCAAGGGCCCGCCGCUCACCGCCAUCCCCGUCGCGGACUACAUCCCCGACGUGUGUCACGCCGUACUGAACGUGUGCCGCGCGGAUUACGCCGAACAGGACGGUAAAUCGCUUUUUCAGAAACACGCGACGCAAAUCCAGGUGCGAGGGAGGGCGCGGGGCGGGGCGAGCGCGGGUCUGAACCGAAUCCAUCUCUCACCUUUUUUUCUUUGUAGGCCCUUGACAAAUUUGAUGCCGCCGUCGCCGCCGUCGCCGGCUGCCCCCGUCCGAUGA